AUGGCAGGAGAAUUAGGAGUGCUUAACGCACUGGAUGCGGCAAAAACACAAUGGUACCACUUCACUGCAAUUGUUAUAGCUGGAAUGGGAUUCUUCACUGAUGCCUAUGACCUCUUCUGCAUUUCCCUCGUCACAAAGCUUCUUGGAAGAAUAUAUUACACAGACAUAACCAAAGACAAGCCAGGAGCACUCCCUCCAAACAUCCAAUCUGCGGUGACCGGCGUCGCGCUCUGCGGCACGCUAGCCGGCCAACUAUUCUUCGGUUGGUUGGGUGACAAACUGGGAAGGAAAAAGGUCUAUGGCCUGACACUCAUGCUCAUGGUGGUUUGUUCGAUUGCGUCCGGCCUUUCCUUCGGAAGCAGUCCAAACGGUGUCAUGGCAACACUUUGUUUCUUCAGAUUCUGGCUUGGUUUCGGUAUUGGCGGCGAUUAUCCUCUCUCCGCCACAAUCAUGUCCGAAUAUGCUAACAAGAAGACAAGAGGGGCCUUCAUAGCCGCUGUUUUCGCUAUGCAAGGAUUCGGAAUCUUGGCGGGUGGAAUUGUUGCCCUAAUCGUUUCCACUUCAUUUGAUCACAAAUACAAGGUUCCUAGCUAUGAAGAAAAUCGCGAAGCGUCUUUGGUGCUACCUGUAUUUGACUAUGUUUGGCGGAUUAUUUUGAUGUUUGGUGCAGUUCCGGCCGCGCUAACAUACUACUGGCGUAUGAAGAUGCCGGAAACUGCUCGUUACACGGCGCUUGUUGCGAAAAAUGCUACGAAAGCCGCCGCGGACAUGUCUAAGGUGUUGAAUGUUGAGCUUGAAUCUGAGGAGGAGAAGGUGCAGAAACUAGCAAAUGCUGAGAACAACCGGUUCGGCUUGUUUAGCACUGAGUUCGCCAAGCGCCAUGGUCUCCAUUUGGUUGGAACAACGACCACUUGGUUCCUUCUAGAUAUUGCAUUUUAUAGCCAGAAUCUUUUCCAGAAGGAUAUUUUUAGUGCUAUUGGAUGGAUCCCACCUGCACAGGAGAUGAAUGCAAUCCAUGAGGUUUAUAGAAUUGCAAAAGCUCAAACUCUUAUAGCACUCUGCAGUACUGUGCCAGGUUACUGGUUCACCGUCGCAUUCAUCGAUUACAUGGGUCGUUUCGCAAUCCAAUUGAUGGGUUUCUUCUUCAUGACUGUGUUCAUGUUUGCUUUGGCUAUACCAUAUGAUCACUGGAAAAAAGAUAACAAAAUUGGUUUUGUUGUGAUGUACUCAUUCACUUUCUUCUUCUCCAAUUUCGGUCCAAACGCAACCACAUUUGUCGUGCCGGCCGAGAUCUUCCCGGCAAGGUUAAGGUCAACAUGUCAUGGAAUCUCAGCUGCUGCUGGAAAAGCAGGAGCAAUUGUUGGUGCAUUUGGGUUCUUAUAUGCUGCACAAAGCAAGAACAAAGCGGAUGUUGAUCCAGGGUAUCGUACUGGUAUUGGGAUCAAGAACUCUCUGAUAAUGCUUGGUGUGAUCAACUUCUUAGGAUUGUUGUUCACCUUCCUUGUUCCUGAAUCGAAAGGGAAAUCGUUGGAGGAAUUGAGUGGGGAGAAUGAAGAAGACGAUACUACCAAAGGAGACUCUGGUAGGACAAUUCCAGUUUAAUUGAUGAAGGCUUUAUUAAAGGAAGUCAUUCUAAUUUAUUGUGCCAUCUGAGCAUUUCAAUAGUGUCUUUAUUCUUCUUGUUUGUUGUGAUGUUUGGUUUUCAAUUUGGCUGUGGUUGGUUGAAAAUGCGCGCAUAAAAUACAUUUGUUACAUUUUAU